CAUCUGCGAUCGCCGGCGUCGGUGUCCCUCGCCCCGGUGCGGCUAGGAGUGCGGCGGCCGGGGGGUCCUGCCGUUGGAGAGGGAGGCCCGGGCCCCACCGAGGCGCUCGCCGCCGCCCCGCGCCAUGGUGGACGUGCUGGGCGGGCGGCGCCUGGUGACCCGCGACGGCGCGGCCGUGGAGGCCGAGGCGGCGCUGCAGAACAAAGUGGUGGCGCUGUACUUCGCCGCUGGCCGGUGCGCGCCAAGCCGCGACUUCACGCCGCUGCUCUGCGACUUCUACACGGAGCUGGUGGACGAGGCGCAGCCGCCCGCGCCUUUCGAGGUGGUCUUCGUGUCGGCCGACGGCAGCGCCGAAGAGAUGCUGGACUUCAUGCAGGAGCUGCACGGCGCCUGGCUGGCGCUGCCCUUCCAUGACCCUUUCCGGCAUGAGCUGAGGAAGAGGUACAACAUCACGGCCAUCCCCAAGCUCGUGGUCCUGAAGCAAAGCGGAGAGGUCAUCACUGACAAGGGGCGGAAGCAGAUCCGGGAGCAGGGGCUCGCCUGCUUCCAGAACUGGGUCGAGGUGGCUGACAUCUUUCAGAAUUUCUCCGGUUGAAUUCGGAGGGAUCUCAGAGGGCAGGGGGCAGGCAUUCGUCCCACCUUCUCCUACACCACAGAUACCCAAGGGGAAAAGAAGAUCGCACUUCAUUUUCUUUCUCUGUUGGUAUUAUUUUAUUUUAUUUCGGAAUUGAAGCACUAAGCUGUGGCAGAAAGUGAAUGUUGCUCAGGAAAAACACCCUCCCCAUUUUGUUUGUGGUUUAUUUUUAUCAUCCUUAGCAUAACAUUAGCCACUUGAGCUUAAGGAAGGACCCUUGUAUGGUUCACACUAAGCUAUUUGAAAUCUAUGCAAAACAUUUAUUUGUGCAGAUCUCUUCAGGUAAAAUUAUAUAUAUAUGUAUGAAUGUAGAUACAUUUUUCCAAUGAUCUAUUUAUUUUAAUGAUAUGCUUCCACAAGUAUGUUUAUUAAGAAACACUGCAGAAUCUAUAUGCUUUAAUAAACAAACCUAUU